AUGGACUCUCUGGACUUUGCAUCCACACCCGAGCCUGCCGCAUUCGAUAGCUGGAGCCCCUCCAUGCCCACUGAGAAGCAGCCUCGAUUGGAUCCCGUUGUAAACAUCUUUGAGCAGAGUACAGGGUCACCGAGUGACAUGGGUAGUACAAAGGAUGGGGUCGUUCUAUACUCCUACUUCCAGUUUCUGACUGUCGGGAACCUUCAUGCUAUUCCCUAUCAAGAUGUCACCUAUCUCGAAGCUCAAGGAUGCUUACAUGUUCCUAACCCUCUGAUCUUGGAUGCUUUUAUGAAGGCGUACUUUACAUACGCCCAUGUAUUUAUCCCUCUUAUCGAUGAGGGAGAGUUCUGGGAAAUGUUCUCUCCAGCCGCAAGUAGCUCACAAAGGAGCACGAUGUCACUUCUCGUCCUUCGGGCCAUGCUACUCGCUACCAGUGCUCUUCUGUUUGACAUGGAGGCCGAGACAGCUCAUCUGCCACUUGCUCAAGCUGCAUUGAUGCUCAUGAACUGGGUUCCUGAAUCACCCACGAUCACUGCACCUGUACCGUACAGAACAUGGCUAAGCCUAGCGAUCCAUCAUGCCAAGCUCAUCAAUGCGCACCGUCACGCGGGAAUAUGUGACGUUGGAACAUCGGCAAACGAACCACGGUCAAAAACACUUCGAAGGCUUUGGUGGUGCUGUAUCAUCUGCGACAGAUUAUCAUCUCUCGCUUGCCGCUUCCAUCUUCAGAUCACACCUGAUAUGCUCGACAUGGAAAACUGCGUCCCGCUGGGUUUCGCGGAUCUACAGAGCGAGAUACAUCGAUCCAAUGUUCUCUCGCCUGCGACCAAGCGUCAACUUAUAUCUCUGUUCUCCAAGGCCCUGAGCCUGUUGAUGCUAUUAACAGAAAUUAUUCCGGUCGCAUACCCUUUCGAGACACAGCUCGAGUCAAGUCCAGACUUCUCGGUACAGGAAGAGGAGAAAGUCAGAAAGUCUUGUGAUCUUCUUGAGGAGUGGUAUAAUACAGCCAAGUCGGAGUUCCCUCCCUUUCACAAGCCCAUCUCAUCGCAGGGAAGUGAUUCAGCCAGUUCCAUCGCUGUUUCUGGAAUAGGCAGCCCCGACUUUCAUCUUGAAGAUCUUCAAGACGGCAACAGAAAUAAUGAGAUUCGCGGAGAUAUCGAAGACUCGGUUGAGGGUCUGUCAAAAUGCAUAGGCUCCUUGGCAGGGUCUGGCCUGAUAAAGUAUCUUCCCAUCACAGUUCUAUCAUGUGAAGACGAGCUAGCCCCGAACCAUCUCGAAGGUUGGCCUCUUUUGAGUCUCGAUCCUACACAAAGACAGCUUCGAGUCAUACUUGACGCAAGCGACACUUUCUCAGCUCAAUACUAUGGCUCCCAGUGGGUCAAGCAAGCAGCAGAGCACGUCGCCAAUCUAGCCAAAUCGUUCAACAAGCUUUCAUUACAGUCAGGUCAAGAGGCAAUGAAAGACUGGGUCGACAUUCUUGUGAGGCAUCCAGAAGUAUAUCUGGGACUUGCUUGGACGGUGGAUAUGUGCAUCAAUCGGAGGAAGCUACCUGAAAAUCAAGACUUCCCUUUAUGUCUUCGCAACGAUGUAGAGAGGCUUAACACAGCCCCUGAGAAGGCAGACUAUGGGACGUUAGACUCUCAGUCUUUGGAUGGACAGAAGGACAUUCAGCUGACGCAGUCACUAGAUUAUCUUUUAGGUAUUCAGGAACCCAUGAUUGGCGUUCUGUAG